UCUUCGUCCGGUUCGUUAUGGCCUCGCCUUUACAGAAAGACCCAUCUACAACAUCACUAUCGUUCACCUCAUGGAACGACGAUAAGCCGACAACGAUCGUUCUUCUUCACGGAGGCUUCACGUGCAACCUGGAAUUUGCUCUUGUCCUACCGCAUCUAUCCGACUUCCAUAUAAUCCUGCCCGACCUCCCUUUGCAUUCCAAGUCACGCCACAUAACGCCGGGCACGACCGAAAACUCGGCCUUCCAUGUCUCGGCACUCAUCCGAUCACACGCCCACGGUGGAAGAGCUCACGUCGUUGGUGUCUCCAUGGGUGGGUACAUAGCCCAGUGUCUUGCGUUGGACCAACCUGACCUUGUGCUUUCGCUAUUCGUCUCUGGUGCUGCACCAGCUGUGGGAAUCCGCUCUUUCAUGGCCCAAUGGACAGGAUUCACCUAUUAUUGUAUGAAGCUGAUGUUUCAAUGGCUUCCUGUAUGGUUAAUACAGUAUCAAAUAUCUUCACAGGGCCUAAAAGUCAGUGAGGAGUUGAUAGUCGAGAUGAGAAACAACAUCACAUGGCCACUGUUUCAAGACAUGUUUCCAUGGAUUGUAUCAUUCACUUUGGAUGAUGUACGGCAGUUAAAAGUACGGAUUCUUUCCAUCGCGGGUGCGAAAGGAGAUGAUGUGGCUAUGAUACAGAAAACGGCGCAUGUCUUGAGAGAUAGACGGACUGAUCAGGACGAAGCGUGGCCAGAGGAUGGAUCGGGAGCAGUGGUCAUAAGGGAAGCAGCGCAUCCGUGGGACAUGCAGUUUCCGGAGCUCUUUGCUCGAGGGGUUUCUGCUUGGGUUAAUGGGGAUAAACUGCCUGUGGAAUUUGAGAGACUUUAA